GUACAGAUAGUGACAAUGGUAUUGUACGUAUGGGGAGUGGUGAUUGUGUGCUCCCUACUACUCACUCAUCACAAUGGCGCACUAUCAAUGGGCCCCACUGAAAAGAAACACUACAAGGACAAGGUUCUGGAGAUGUUCAAUCAUGCCUACCGUUCAUACAUGGACUUUGCAUAUCCUGCUGAUGAGUUGAUGCCACUGACGUGUAAGGGGCGUGUCCGGGGGGUGGAGCAAGGACGAAGGGACAUUGACUUUACCCUGGGCAGGUUCUCCCUCACCCUCAUAGACACACUGGACACUCUGGCUGUAAUUGGUUCGGUUGAUGAGUUUUCCUCGGCUGUACAAAAAGUCAUGACAGACAUUAGCUUCGACAGUGACUUGGUGGUAUCAGUGUUUGAGACCAACAUACGUGUGCUAGGUGGUUUACUGGGAGGUCACUUUGCUGCCCUGGCUCUCAAAGAGAAGGUCUACCAUCAGUUGGCUUGGUAUGAUGGGGGGCUGCUCAGAAUGGCAGUGGAAGUGGGGAACAGAUUACUGCCUGCUUUCAACACCACCACAGGUCUCCCCUAUCCAAAGAUCAACCUUCGCCACGGUAUGGGCUACCCUAACAUGGAGAAGACAACGUGCACGGCAUGUGCUGGGUCCAUGAUCCUUGAGUUUGCUGCCCUCAGUAGACUAACAGGUGAUCCUCAGUUUGAGGUGAAAGCCCACCAAGCAAUGGAGGCAAUCUGGCGUAGUAGACACCGAGGGCACAAUCUGGUUGGCUCAGUCAUCAACGUACACAGUGCUGAGUGGACAAGAGUGGAUAGCGGUGUGGGGGCGGGGAUUGACUCAUACUACGAGUACUGUCUCAAGUCUUACAUCCUGUUGGGGGACAGGAAGUAUCUGCAGAGGUUUGGGAAGCAUUAUGAUGCCAUCAAGAGAUACAUCACGAAUGGGCCCAUGCUAGUGGAGGUGAGUAUGAAUUCACCUCAUUGAAUGACUAGAUCUUUCAUGGACUCACUUCUGGCGUUCUGGCCUGGUCUACAG